GAGCCAUCCAAGGCGUGCCCGGUGUCCCUGUGUCCCGGUGCCCCGGUGUCCCGGUGGCGAUACCGCCAUGCAGCGGGAGGUGGGCACGCUGCCGCUGGCUCCCGCCCUGCGCGCCCGCCUCGCCGCCGCCGGCUUCCAGACGGCGCAGGAGCUGCUGGACACCGGGCCCUGCGGCCUGAGCAAAGAAAUUGGAAUCUCCAGGGAAGAGGCACUGGAAGCGCUGCAGGUGGUGAGGCAGGAAUGUCACGGGGAUGCAGCAAGGCCGGCUGGGGGAUCAGGUGCCACCAGGAAAUACACAGCCCUGGAGCUUCUGGAAGAAGAGCAAAGCCAGGGUUUCAUCAUCACCUUCUGCUCAGCGCUGGAUAACAUCCUGGGAGGUGGAGUGCAGCUGACAAAAAUCACCGAGAUCUGUGGAGCACCGGGUGUUGGCAAAACGCAGCUGUGCAUGCAGCUGGCAGUGGAUGUCCAGAUCCCGGAGUGCUUUGGGGGCGUUGCUGGAGAAGCUGUGUUCAUUGACACUGAGGGAAGUUUUAUGGUGGACAGAGUGGUGGACAUUGCAGCUGCCUGUGUGCAGCACUGCCACCUUAUUGCUGAGGCUCAGCAAGAAGAAGAUCAUCGGAAAGCUUUGGAGACUUUCUCUCUGGAAAAUAUCCUCUCUCACAUCUAUUACUUCCGUUGUCGUGACUACACAGAGCUGCUGGCCCAGGUCUACCUCCUGCCAGAAUUCCUGUCAGAGCAUUCCAAGGUGCGGCUGGUGGUGAUUGAUGGAAUUGCCUUUCCCUUUCGCCACGACUUUGAGGAUCUGUCCCUGCGUACGAGGCUGCUCAAUGGGCUGGCACAGCAGCUCAUCAUCGUAGCCAACGACCACAAAGCAGCUGUAGUUCUUACAAACCAAAUGACAACAAGGAUUGGACAAAGCCAGUCCACAUUGGUACCUGCUUUAGGAGAAAGCUGGGGACAUGCUGCCACUGUCCGUUUAAUCCUCCACUGGGACAGCACUCAGAGGUUGGCCACGUUGUACAAAUCACCAAGUCAGAAGGAAUCCACCAUAGCCUAUCACAUCACAUGUUGAUUUCAGCUGCCUUCUGAAGGGAAGCAGCAAUACUGAGAUAUCUCCAGACUUAGGGGUAAUUUGCUCUUUUUUCUUUAGAAAAGUGACCCAGAAUUUUGUCUACUCAAAGUUAAAAUGCUUUUGAUUUCCAGAUCAAACUUUCAGGCAGCCUGUCCCCAUCUGUUCUGCUGCUGGUGCUGCUUAUUUUAUCUGCCCCUGAUGUUACCUUUUGCCCUAAGUGCAGUUACCAAGAACAAUCUGAGCCUUCAUUUUGGGAGACCUGAACUGUUUUCUCCCUGGUCAGGUAGGGUGUGGUUUCUCAGGUGAUUCUUUACAUCUGUUCCAGCUGAGUUCAUCUUUUUAGGAUGAGGAUGCCCAGGAUUAAACCUGGUAUUCCAGAGGCCUCACCAGUGCUUUGUUCCAUAGGUAUUUCCCUAUCUCUGCUUUAUGUGUGCUAUAACCCACGUUGUGUUUAUCCUACACUGACCCUACACCCAGCCAAUAUACACAGAUUUUUCUCUUUUGUCCCUAUCAUAGAAGAAGCUUCCAGCUUAUGGCUGGAGUCCUUAUUCGUCCCUAGUUAAAUCUGUGAUUAUUUCCUAUUGUGGAGUGCUUAGAUACAUAUUAAUGAGAAGAGAUGCUGUCUAGGCUGUAUUUAAGUUUAAAAAGACAGCACCACUCAACUCUUAGAUCCUCAAAUGUCACAUCCAUAGGUACAAUUCCAUAACUAUUUGCUACAUGUCCUCAUGGAAACACGUUGCCAUAGCAUUUUCUGCAGAUUUUAAUGCUGUCAUCACAUGUGAUCCUCAAAACUUUCAAACAGAAAUCAGAUUUGUUUUUUGCCCCCACUCUUGAAUGUAUUCAGCUGGACAGAAGAAAUACUGCAAACAAAUACUUUUAUAAAGACUAGAAGAGGAAAUGGGAUUGCAUCCUAAAGUUGUUUGGAUCAUGUGAUUUGAGUCCUUUUUUCUCCAGCUGACAAACAGAUGGAUUUUAUCUCAGACAGUUUAAUUCCCUUUUUCUUUCAGUUUUAUAAGCACCAUAAAACAGUUAUGCUCUCUUCUGUGUGAAUGCACAUUAUCUUGAAAUAGAUUCGAGAGUCAAUCCCAAUCGAAGAUUAGUUAAAAUUUAAGAUUAUCCCUUUGGUUUUUUUUCCUUAAUCCUGAUUAAUUGCUUCAGGAGAUGAUUUCUUUUAGUAAAAAAUGUAUUAUCCCCAUUUCUUUCAUGAGAUUCAGGUCUGAUAACAGUCUGCUGUUAUCAUUUCUCAUUCCACAGUUAAACUGAAAGAUGCCAAUACAUGUCCAGUGUUUCCAAGUCAGAUUUGUGUAUAGCCAGCAUACAAAGAAAAAUAUAUUUAAAAAAAAUAAAUUCCUUAGGACUCAGAAAUGUGCAAAUGAGGAGCAUUGGUACCAUUGGCAAAGUGGCUGCUCAGAACCCAUGAGCUGAUGAAAUGUGUAAAUUCAUGAGUGAGCUCUGGGGGUUUUUUUAUCCCUGUCCUUCCCAGCACACUGGAGUCAGUCACCACUGUGAGGGGGCUGUGGAACUCCUCUGCCAUGAAAUCCUUUCUUCUACAGGCUGAUAAGGAUUCAUUCUUAAAUGCAGAGUAUAGAAAUGGAAAUUGAUUUAUGCACAAGGGAGUAAGUAGCUCGGCUGAUUCACCUGAAUUUCCCAGGAAUGUGACCUGAUUAUUUCACAGUGAAAGACAGAGACCCAGGAUCUAAAUUCCGGGUAGGAAUUGUGUUUCCCUGAGCUGUGGAGGGUCUGCCAGGCCAGCAAUGGGAGCACUGCUCAGGUAAUAAACACAUCCACCCUUGCCAGUCUUGCUGCAGAGGGUGUAAAUCCAGAGGACAUUAAGGAACAAUUCAAAAUGACAGAAGACUGAGCUUUGUCUUUGGUUCCAGCAGCCACAUCCUCACCAUCUGAAACCCAAUACCAAACCUCACAAAUAUACACAAAAUUCUUGUAUUUUCAAGGUGCCUGCCUGUGCCAAGUGCAAAACAUCCAUCCUGGGCAGCCUGCUUUAUGUUCUGGCCCUUAUAACCCUUGGAAUGCUUUCACUGGGAGUCAGCACUCUGGAUUAAGUGGAUACUUGGCUCCAGAUCCACCUUUGUGCCUCAGGGAAAUGGCAAAGAUUAGAUGCAGUGAAACAUUAGACUUGAAGAUUCCCCAUUAUGCUCUUUAGAAUAACACUUGAGUUGCUUAUAAAUAGCAGAGGGGCUGCACAGAUCCUGCCCUUGUAGCACCUCUUGCUGUUUGUUCCUUUAAAAAGCCCGGGUUGGGUGAGGUGAGGCAUUCAGAAAUAGAAAUACAGAGAUGGGAGACCUAAACAAGACAUUUUGCUGGGGUUUGGGAUUGAUCUUGGUGUGGGACACGCUGGAAUUUGGGAAGAGUCACAUCUGCUGAUAAUUCUGCCUGCUUUCCUUACACUGCACCAACCCAAAAUGUCAGCAUUCCUGAAAUGCUCUCGUCCCCACAUUGUCUCUACCUGAGCAUUUCGGAUCAGCAAAGCAAUUUUGUGUUCUGAUUAAUGCCUUUUCCUCACUGAGUCUGCACUGAGAGUCUUCACUGAGCUGUCAGCAGCGCUCUCUGCACAACAUUUGUCUGGAGAUGGGAAUUCAGAGAGUUGCAGGCUUCACACAACAUCUCAUCAUCUCCAUCUGCACCCAUGACAUGUGUAACUAACUUGACUUCCAGAUCUUUCAUAUUUUAAAAUGGUUAAAAAUUAAAUUGUGAGCUACAGUAACAGAAAAUAUGAGUGGUACUAGGCCAGAUAGAUCACUUCAAGCACUCUCCUGAGCAGUAGCAUGUAGUUUUCACUUCUACAUUUAGUUUUUGGCAGUCAAAGGUUUUCAUCCCAUUGUGUCCCAUAAAUUACUAUGCUGGAACAGUCUUUGCAGUCUAGAGACAGAUUCAGCUCUGCUGUUCUCUUACAAUGUCUCAUUGAUGUUUUCAGUUCAUUAAGUAGGUACAUGGAACAAAAAUAUCCUAGGUUGUAGAAAUUCACAGUUUUGUUUCUGAAAAUGACUGAGGCAAUUAAUCCAGUCAUCUCCUUGCUUCUGUGGGAGCUGAUGGAUUUGUCUUUUGAUUUAUUUAAAUAGGCAACAUAAGUUAAUUUAUAGAGAAGCAUUUUUUCAUAGCCAUAGGGGUGAUAAACAGUAAAAUGAAAGUGAUAGCCUGGUUGGUGAAAAUAAACUAUCUUUAAAAAAACCAAAUGAGCAGACAUUAGUUGGCACAUGUGUUGUGAAGUUUGCAGUGCUAAGCUUAACCUGGUCUAUAAACAUUCUGUGUCUGCUCAUCCCGAAUAAGUGGCAGCAUCAUCCCUCAUUCUGAUCUUCUGGGAACUGGUUACUCAUACUUUCUAUCCCUACAAGCCUUAGCACAUGAUUUUCCUUCCCCCUCCCAGUCCCAUGGCUUCCGAGAUGUGCAGCCUCCAGCUGUCACUCACAGCACAGAAGGGACGGAGCUGAACCCUCGGAAACG